AUGCAGGCCAAGUAUAAAUUUCAAGGUUGGUUGGGUCUCGAUAAAGACUCUGCCAAUGGGAAAAUGGUCUGGCAAGAUUAUGAGCCGAAGUCUUUUGAAGAAACGGACGUGGACAUCAAGAUCACUCAUUGUGGUGUUUGUGCUUCUGAUAUUCAUACUUUGAGGUCAGGAUGGGGCCCAACGAACUACCCAGUGUGUGUUGGACACGAAAUCGUGGGCCAUGCGGUACGUGUGGGUUCCAAGGUGAAAGGCAUCAAGGUUGGUGAUCGUGUUGGAGUAGGCGCGCAGUCAGGCUCUUGUGUCAACCAGAAAGGCGACUGUGAGAUGUGUGCCGACGGGCUCGAACAGCACUGUCCUAAAAACACUGGUACAUAUGACAGCAAGUGGCCAAAUGGGUCGAAAUCGUAUGGGGGUUACGCCGACUACUGGCGUGGGCAGCACAACUUUGUCGUAAAAAUUCCCGAAAGCAUCGAUUCUGACAUCGCGGCCCCUAUGCUUUGUGGGGGAAUUACUGCUUUUUCACCCUUAACACAGCACAAGGCGGGCCCAAAUACCAGGGUCGGCGUCAUUGGCAUUGGUGGUCUGGGUCACUUCGCUCUAAUGGGCGCCUCACAGGCUCUCGGCUGUAAGAAAGUCGUUGCGAUCUCGAGAACCAGUACCAAAAAGGACGACGCCUUAAAGAUGGGCGCAACCGAUUUCAUUGCGACUGACGAAGAUCCGAAGUGGAACAGAAAACACAGGGGUAGCCUCGAUCUUAUUGUUUGCACUGUGAGCUCACCGAAGAUGCCACUCCAGAAAUACCUCUCGCUCCUUGCUUUCAACGGCACGUUCGUACAAGUUGGAGCUCCAGAAGACCCUAUUCCGGGCUUCAAUGCAUUUGCUCUCAUGAGCAAGAGAGUGAAAUUGACUGGCUCGAUGAUUGGAAGUCCUCAGGAGAUCAAGGAUAUGCUGAAGCUUUUUGCUGAAAAAGGUGUAAAGACAUGGAACAACAAUAUGUCAAUGGCGGAUGCCAAUGUCGCCGUAGUAAACUUGGAAGAGGGGAAGGCGAGGUAUAGAGCUGGACGUGGCUCAGAUGUAUGA